UUGGAGUAAUGAAUUUAGCACAGUAUCAAUUGCAUCAUGCGGAGGAGUUUCAUGGAAAGAGGCAAGGUGUUCAAGAAUUCUUUUUUCAGCUGUAGAUGCUGUGUGUCUUGAUUUUUUGGCUUGUAAG